AUGCCCUUCCUUUUCUCGUACGUGUGCGACCUCCUGCAGGCGUUAGACGACAACCAACGCACAAAGUCUGGCCUGAAGACUACUGCCAAAAUCAUCGAGGACUGGUUCGCCAAACACCGCUCACUUAUCAACCGCGACGACCACAACGAUACAGCACUCCUUUCCACUCUGUUUCCCGAAAAAAGAACCGACAGGGUCUUCAGGUAUGGCCCGGGAAGGUUGGAACGCAUCAUCGGAAGGGGACUGGUACUGGGAAUGACCCGAAGGGAAGAACUUGGGAGACAUGCAGACGCUCAAUGGGGCAUGGAUCUCGCCGAAUGUGUUGAACGUAUUCUGAGGGACACGCCCAAUCCUGAUCCCAUCAGACCAGUUACCGUUGAGGAGAUCGACAACCUUCUUCACGACAUCGCUUCGCACUGUCACUUUAGCUCCCCUGCAGUGCGCAGCUCACCUCCCAGUUCAACCUCUGUAAGCCGAGAGAAGGCACUUGGAGAUAUCUAUACGAGAUUCUCCCCUCGAGAUGCCAAGUGGUUCACGCGACUAUUCUUGAAGAACUACCGGCCCGUCAUUCUCGGCCCGCAACUCGUAUAUCGCAAUUACCAUCCUCGGUUGCCCUUGAUAGUCAAAGUGCGGGAUGACUUUGUGGAUGCUGGCCGCAUACUGGCGAGCCACAGACAGGAACGAACGGUUACUGGGAGGGACGAAUUUGCCAAACACCUGAAACCCAGAUUGGGUGUCAAAGUUGGCCGUCAACCAUGGUUCCAGGCAAGAAGCAUCAAGCAUUGCUUGCAGAUGGACUACGGUAGGAUGAGCUGCGAGGUGAAGUACGACGGCGAGUAUUGCCAGGUUCAUAUCGACCUCAGUAAGGGCUACGACUGUAUACAAAUAUUCUCCAAGAGUGGAAAGGAUAGCACACAAGACCGGAAAGCUCUACAUGAGUGGGAAGAAAAAAUAUUGGACUUCUACAAAAUCCGAAAGCAUGUAUCCAGGUCUGGUGCGUUCCUUAGCACGGAACAGGACUCACAACGAAACCCUUGGGAACAUCUGAUGAUCGUUUACUAUGACAUUCUCCUUGUUGAUGACGAGUCGCUCUUGGCUGUUAAACACUCGGAGAGAAUGCAGCGUCUCCAAGAAAUAGUGACAGAGGUCAAAGGACGCUCGAUGUUGGUCCAGCGGCAGAUCAUCGACUGCAGCCGACCAUCCGCGGAAUCAGAUCUACGGCGUGCGUUUGCGACGUGCAUCACCAACCGUGGAGAAGGCCUGGUACUCAAACCCGACGCUACAUACUUCAACUUUGGUACGUCGGUGGGGUACUCUGGCAGCAUAGCAAUUAAACUCAAGAAGGAGUAUAUUCGACAGUUUGGGGAUGUGGGUGAUUUUGCUGUGGUCGGUGCUCGUUACGACCCGACCAAAGCAAAGUCCUUCGGCUUUCCAAACAUCAAGUGGACACACUUUUACAUUGCGUGUCUGGGCAAUAAGGAAGAGGUGGUGCGCUUCGGAGCAGUGCCCAAUUUCGUUGUUACAAACGUGGUGCAACUGAACGAAACGCAAAUGCGUGCUUUUAUGACGGCCAUUCAACCAGUCGCCGUGGAUCCGAAAGACGAUACUGCAUUUUCGUUGAGGAUCGAGGACGGGGUCGACGGCAAAAAGGCACCAACAACACUCUUCAAAGUACCCCCAGUGUUCGACAUAAGGUGUUUCUCUUUCGACAGACCCGGCAAUACUGGAUUCUGGACCCCGAGGUUCCCGAUGGUAAACAAGAUACACUGUGACAGAACUUAUCUUGACGUUCUGUCUUUUUCAGAGUUACAAGAAAUGGCAAUUCAUGGGACACAAAAGCCCCUAGGUGAAGAAAGCCAGGAGCUGUUGGAGUGGAUCGGACGUCUGGAACAGGCUGAUCCCAAAACAAGAGGCGUCGAGAUCCAGACCCAAACCACCGCCUCAACAAGCCAAGCCCCGUCGACACCUAACAAGUCGUCAUGCCCAGACGCUCUACCACCUUCGUCUCUAUCCUCCUCCCUCAAAUGUCGCUCAGUUGGCAGGGACUCGUUCACAUCGUCAGCUUCGGUGGCCAUCGCUAUCAGAUCACCGAUAAAGACCAAAGAUCGACCUCGUCUUCUGCCCACAGUGGUUGAAUCUCCGCAGAGGUCAACUAACGAACUUUCAACGAUGGCUAGAGGGGAAAAGCGACCUCAUAGUUCAUCCACCGACCUAGAAUGUGACAUUAGCAAGAUCAGAAAACACAACAACCCAGAAGGCCAGAAUGACGUUUCCACAUCCCGAAGGGAGACCAUAUCCUCAUCAGUUGUUCAGCGAGAGCCUCUCAUGGCCAUCGAGACUACCUCGCCACGACGCAAUCCCAAUCCUCGCUUGGCCGCUCCUCCUAGACUCAUAGGCGCGAACUCCAUGUACCAGCCCACUACCCUAGACAUAGAGCACCGCCGGAGUACGAAUACCCGGGGACGGGUUUCUCUUCCUCACUCGAUGUCAUUGGGCAUUACCUCUUGUGACUUUACGUUCACUGUACCCCAACCUACAGCCAGGCCUCACGUUAGCUCUCCCCCCACCGCAAUCGAAUCACUGACAGAAAACAAGUGCCGCUACCUCGGCGAUGCAUGCACAAUUGCCAAUAUCUCCUUCAUGCUCUCCCCCUGCAUCGCCGACUACCUCUGGGUGACAGAGGACUUGCUCGGUUACCACGGGAUUACCAAGUUUGCACGCGAUCCCAAGGAGUGGGCAGCGGAGCAAUCCAUUGCCCCCACGGGCACGCCCACCAUAAUGCCCACAAUAACGGCAACAACCGCCACGGAAGCCAUGGUCCUCAACAGCUCAGCACCGACACCCACCCCCUCAUGUACCCCUGGUGGGACCAAGCGGAAGAAAAAGAUCAUACUCGUGGACCGCAGAAGAAAGGAGGCCAACAAGGUGUUUCUCCAGAGCGUUAGGAAUGCAGGCUUAAGACAUCGAAACGGCGAGCCGAGACAUGUCUCGGUGUAUGAUUGGAGGGUUUUGGAGGAGUUGAAGGAGGAGGAAGAGAAGUGUAGGGAGAGUGGCGAGUGGGAUAGGGUUAGAUUCGAUAUCAGGAGGAGUGGGAGUAUUUGGAGAAAGUACUGGGUUGGGUUGACUUGAUUUCUUUUCUGUGUGUGGGAGGGGAAAGGUGUUGCAUUGGGAGAUACCCGGAGGAGAGAGUUGUAUUUUCUUGUGUUAGUUGGGUAUGAAUAGGAACAGGUAGAUUAUAUCAUUUCUGGGAGAAGGUGAAGGUCGUAUUGAUAUCUGGUGAGGAGUUUGAUAUCUGCAUUACUUUUCUGGGAUGGACCUCUGUGGCAUCAUACUUGGUAGUUUCUGGUCAUUAAGAGGUGUCCUGGCCCCAUUUAUUUAGCCAACUCAACCCAUCAGUCCUUCUUCUCAUCCUCAUACAACUUCAAAUAACUCGC